AAAGACAUGAGUCGGAGUUUAUUGAGGAGGGCAGGUAUCAGACCAAACCGGCCAAAGUUUCUCGCCGCAUAGACGAACUGGAUUUGUGUGCGUCGCAAAGGGAUUACAAUCAGAAAAUGUCAGCAGCCAUGGAUGAGAGGAGAAACCUGGAGCAGGUGAGUGGGCGGCUUGCAGACAAACAUGACUGCCAACAAGAGUUCGAAGGCUGCGCCUCGUGCAGGAGAGGUUAAAACUCCCCGGGACAUCCCCGACAGGUGCCAGUCUACAUCACCCUGUCUUGUCCUAUCUGCCUGCCAGGGGAAGAGCCAGCAGCCUCUCCUCAGUGACAGUGAGAACUCUGGGAAACAGAGCAGGUACCUCAGGACUGACGGCAGGUUUCUGGUACGUGCUGGCUGGAACAGCAAGGCCGCUACCCUGUGCAUUGGUGCAUCUCUCACUGGUGAUACUGAAUCCCAAGGCCGUCUCACCAAAUCCAGGAGCAUCAGUUGCCUGGACAACAGGCUCUCCAUCUAUAAGCCCCCAACUCAAACCAAGGAGAAUCAGGAAAGUCACAGUGUUGAGGACCAGAAGGACAACCAAGCGGAUCUCUCUCUGGGAGAUGGACUUAAUGGUAGGCCCCUGAGUUGGAGCACGCUCUCACUAGGACCUCACUCUAGCCAAAGCCACAAGCGCACCCUAUCUCUCACCCGCUCAGUAGCAGGUGUUCCUCCCACCACAAUCCGCAAAAAGAUCUCAGAAUGGGAGUGCAGGAGGGUCUCUCUUCCUAGGAUGAGCUUGUGUCUGGAUAAAAGACCAGGAGGGGAGCGUGUAGGGGGCAGUGAGGGCUGCCCAAGCCUGCUCUCUUCUCCCUGUAGCGAGAAGACGUUUGACUUUAAGGGGGUUCGCAGGAUGAGCACUGCGUUCUCAGAAUGCUCCUAUACAGAGACAGAGGAAGAGGAAGGAGUUUCAGAUAAAGAUAGCCUGGGUCGCUUCCAGAAAAGGAUAGGCAAGACCGAGUCCUCAGGAACGUUUGUACGUUCCCUGUCUGCUCGGAAGGAGACAUCAGCAGUCCUCAACAGGAUACAAAAGAUAGAGCAAGCCCUGAAGGAGAAUCCCACCCCACCUCCUCCACGCUAUCUGAGUAAUUGCUAUGCUCCAGACAAGAUAAGACAAAAGUCUUUUGUGAUAGGUGAUGACUUGGACAGUACAUGCACCAGCAAGCGCAGCAGCAUUUGCUCAGUGGCCACUGAACCAGACCCUGUUUUGGUGUCUGAUAAGCUCUCUAAACUCAGACAAAGGUUUAGUGUGAGCUCAACCAGGUCUGAGAGCCCAGAGCCACCCAGCCAACAGACUACUGUGGGCUCUCCAGUCAACCCCUUACCCAAACCCAAACGCACUUUUGAGUACGAUGCCAAACGGGAUCAGAAGAGCGCGUUGCCAUCCAAUGGACUACCUCCAGCUUCUGAGUCUCCCCCGCCUCUCCCCUCGACCCCUGCACCCAGCAUGACACGCACUGCAAAGUCGGAGGGGAGCACUCCCAUCAGAAUCCAAGACAGGGAAUCAUGUGAGUCAGAGGAUGCUGCAAGCUUACCAUCUUCGUAUCCGUCCUCACCUGCGGAGAAUGGCACAAUAACCACAGAGACACGGAGUCGACCCAUUUCCAAAAGCACUUUAGAGGAGAAUGCCUAUGAGGACAUAGUAGAGAAGGAGAAUCCAUACGAAGAUGUUGACCUGAAGCGGAGGAGUUUGGGUCGAAAGACUUGUCUUUUGGACAGAAAUAGACCUUGGACCACCAUGGACAGGAAGCUGAACCUUCCACCUCAGUUGCCUUCCAAACCCAGUAGCCAGUCCCUUCGCCUCUCUGGUCCCAGCGACAGGACGAGCCACCGGUUGUCGCAGUUAUCCAAACGCCACAGCCAUGAUGAAAUGCUGCUUCUUCCUCAGCGGAGUGUAUCAGCUUCAACUUGUGGCCUGCUGGACGAUAGCCUCUGUGGCACAAGUGAUACCCUGGCCUCACACAGGCACUGGAGGAUCCCCAAGCUGGUCCAGAGGAUCAACUCCAUUUACUGCACUAAACGUGGGAAGAAGAGGCUUAAGAAGCUGUCCAUGUCCAAUGUUGAGACUGCAUCUUUGAGAGAUGACAACAGCGAGAGUGAGAGUGACUCUGACGACAGGUUCAAAGCUCACACCCAGAGGUUGUUGAAACUGCAGUCCAUCCUUCGACGGGCCCCCAGCUACCGCACACUGGAGCUGCAGCUCAUUGAGUGGCAGGAAAGAGAACUCUUUGAGUAUUUUGUGGUUGUUUCCCUGAAAAAGAAACCCAGCAAAAACUCGUACUCCCCAGAGGUCACCUAUCAGUUCCCCAAGCUAGAGAGGCCCACCAAGCAGAUAAGGGAGGCCGAACAGAGGCUCAAAGCAAUUCCUCAGUUUUGUUUCCCUGAUGCAAAAGACUGGAGUCCUGUGUCUGAAUACUCCAGUGAGACCUUCUCCUUUAUGUUGACCGGUGAGGACGGCAGCCGGAGGUUUGGGUACUGCCGACGCCUGCUGCCGAGUGGGAAAGGACCUCGCCUGCCAGAGGUGUACUGUGUCAUCAGCAGACUGGGCUGUUUUGACUUGUUUUCCACGAUCCUGGAUGAGGUGGAGAGGCGGCGAGGCAUCUCAGCAGCCCUGGUCUACCCCUUCAUGAGGAGUUUAAUGGAGUCACCCUUCCCUGCACCAGGGAAGAUCAUCAAAGUAAAGACCUUUCUGCCUGGUGCAGGAAAUGAGGUCAUCGAGCUGAGGCGGCCCACCGACUCCAGACUGGAGCAUGUGGACUUUGAAAGUCUGUUCAGUUGCCUCGGUGUACGGCAGGUGAUACGUGUCUUUGCCUCGCUGCUGCUGGAGCGUAGAGUUAUCUUUGUGGCUGAUAAACUCAGUACCCUGUCCAGCUGCAUGCUUGCAGUAGUGGCGCUGCUCUACCCCUUCUCCUGGCAACACACCUUCAUCCCUGUACUGCCAGGGUCCAUGUUGGAUAUUGUCUGCUGUCCCACUCCCUUCCUGGUGGGGCUGCUGUCCAGUUCAUUGCCUAAGCUUAAAGAGCUGCCGGUAGAAGAGGCUUUAAUGGUCGACCUGGGAACUGACCGCUUCAUCCGGCAGAUGGACGACGAGGCCUCGCUGUUGCCGCGGAAACUUCAGGCAGCCCUUGAGCAAGCGUUGGAACAGAGGAAUGACAUCAUCAAUCAGGACUCUGACAGCGAGUCAGAUGAAGAGUACAACUCCUUAAACAGUCUGGUGUCAGAGGCUUUCAUCCGCUUCUUCCUGGAGACCAUUGGCCAUUACUCCCUGUUUAUCACCCAGAACGAGCGCGGGGAACGCGUUUUCCAAAGAGAAGCCUUCCGCAAGUCUGUGGCGUCUAAGAGUAUCCGUCGCUUCUUGGGCGUCUUCAUGGAGUCUCAGAUGUUUGCAGGGUUCAUUCAGGAUCGAGAGCUGAGGAAGACCCGGGCUAAAGGUCUGUUUGAGCAGAGGGUGGAUCAGUAUCUGGAGGAGCUGCCAGACACAGAGCAGAGUGGAGUCAACAAGUUCCUCAAAGGCUUAGGAAGUAAAAUGAAGUUUCUCCACAAAAAGAACUGAGGCGAAAGAUUCUGUUUUCAGGCGUAUACCAACAAACUGAAGACCUGAUGUCCCAAAUCUCUGCAUCGUGAUGAUUCUCACUCUGUUUUUCUGUGUAAACAUGUAUAUAUUUCACUGCAAGCUGGCUGUGAUACUCUUCAGUGUAUGUUUAUAGUACCUAAUGAGAUAGUGAUAGCAGGACGGUACACGACGAGUGAGCCGUAGAGUAACCACUGAUGUCCAGGUGUGCUUGUAAAGAGUGUUAUCAGAAUGUGUGAGCGUAUGUGACUUAAUAUGGGCAUAGAUGUACAGUUUCUAUGUUUUCAUUUUGCAUUAUUUCACGACAGUGUUGUCCUCUGUUUAAGGAGUGUAGAACCUAUUUGAAACUGUACAUGCAUCAAGACAAUGAAGAAGAUUAUUGUAACUGUUCAUAAAGUCUUUUGCAAUCUUUUAUUAAAAAAACAAUAUUUCAAAUGCACCAAAUGGUUUAGU